GCUCAAGUCCCGCUCAAAUACACCUGACACGCGCGCUGUCUGUGGUAAGCCAGUGGCCUUUGGUGGUCACCUUUUAUUCAAUGUCUCCACAAUUACCUAUCAACAUUUCCCUAUAUAAUCGCCCAGUAUGGGGAAGUUAAAUAUCCUUCAACACAAAAGCUGGCAUGUUUACAAUGAAGUGAACCAAGAGCGGGUUCGUAAAGAUGAGGAAGCAGCUCGGAUUGAGGAGGAGAAGAAGAAAGAGCGCGCACUCCAAGCAGAUAGAGAGGCACGCUUGGCACUCCUUCGCUCUAAAUCUCGGGGGAGGAUUGGGUCUUCGCACGCCGAGGUGCUGGAUGUAGCACCGAAUGAAGUAUCCACAGCUCUAUCGCUGCCCGAUACUGAAGAGCGACAUAUAGGCCACGUUAAUCUGUUUGAAGAGGCUGAGAGAGAAGCGAGAGGGAAGGGCGGAAAAAAUCCAGAGUAUGAGGCAGAGAAGAGAGCAAAGGAGAAGAAGGAAGCUGACAAAUUCACCUGGUACCUCGGAGAGACAAAGGAUGGAAAGAAAGAAACCCCCUGGUACGCUACAUUGGAUCUAAAGAGUGAUAAAAAACCUCAAGAAGGACCUGCUGGACUCAUCAAGGAUGAGAAAGCUCGAAAAGCAAAAGAUGAGCGGAGGAAGGCGAAAGAGGAUCCUUUGAAUGCUAUGACAAAAUAUGUAUCAAAAUCGGAAAGGAGAGAGAGAGAGCGACAGGCGCACAGUGAAAGGAGGAAACGAGCGACCAAGACACGAGAGUCUUCCUCUUCGUCCUCGUCCAAUAUCGAGAAGCUGCGGGCGGAACGUCUAGCCCGCGAACGUGUCGAGCGGGCGAAAGCUCAAGAGGUGUUGCAACCCGGGUCCGCGUUACCUACCCGGCAUUUUGAAGAUUCAGCAUAUUAUCACUCGCAAUUCAAUCCAGAUUUUGUGAGGCGACGUCGCGAUGAGGCACCAGCGAGGAGUAGGCGACAUGAACCUUACUGAUCUCCAUCCUUACCCAAAAGGACCUACAUGUCGAGUGAAUUUAGUCAACGCAGUAAAUACACAAUCCUGAUGCAAUGUAAAUAUAUAAUCUUGUACAUUUUUGUCUUGUCUAUAAUACAAUAAAUUGAGGUCUAACAUCACGUUCUCUA